UUUUUCAUGAAGUGAAGUUUACAUAUCUCUGUAUUAGGAUUACUGUAUACUUUACCAAUAAAUAGACUGCUAUGGCAGAAUAAAGGUUUUCUUAGAGGUAGUAAAACUGAGGGCAAACCUGAGUUGGGAACAUUUUAGCUCUAAAUACAUACAGUACAUUUAGCUGCCUUGGCUAAUUUAACUUUUAGGCAGGGCAAAUGGAAUAAGGCAGAUGUUGAGGUGCUACAUUUUUGGUUCAGAAAAAUGGUUGUGAGUUUUGAAAGAAGGCAUGAUUCUGGUAAGAUCUGACUGUGGGCAAGGGGCUGUUGAAACAAACAGUGCAGUGUUUCCAGGGCAGUGGUGAAGGACUUGACCUCCAUUGUAGCUGAAAAUGAAGUCCUUCUCUAACAAAGCCAUAGUAGCAGCAGCAGCAGCUGUUGCCACUGCCACCUGCGUUCAGUGGCUGUGUGAGGUGGCUAGACCAGGAAAUGAUUCCAUGGCACUAGGCAUGUGUAAGGAAGGACUUACUUUGGCUCUGGCAAAGUGGUUGUACAGGUUGUGGGUGUCACUUUAAACAUACAAAGAUCUGCUUGCUGGAGGAGGGGCAGCUUCUUGAGGAUCAGGUGUGCAUCUGAAAGGGAUGAGCUCAUCCUUCUAACCAGACCUGCUCUAGACGCUGACUGAAUGUUUUCCUAGUUCUAAGUCCUGCAGCUGGGAGAAGCAGGAAAUGAUUGACGCUUCAGGCACUUGCUCUCUGACACAGCUGGCUAUUCUAGUCCCAGAAGAAAGAGGAAAGACUUGCUGAAGAUCUGGAUGGGACAAUAGAAGUUUGGGGCACAUUAAAAAGAAGCAGCAAGAACAUCAACAAAAACCUCAGAUGAUUCAAACAGGCUUCUUCUUGGCUUUGUGGAACCUUUUGCAGUUGCUCAGAAUUUGAGUUUUUGCUUCAGAGGAUGAUGAAACAAGGCAACAGAGGGUGAGGAGGAUUAUGUUGGAUUCUUGCUUCUCUGUCUGCCUCUCCUUCCAGUUGGAAAAAUCUUCAGUCCAUAAGAAGCAUUAUCAACAAGCCUGAAGAACACAUCUUACCCUGAUCCUGGAUGCUGUUGGAGUUGAGAAUUACAUCCACUUCACCAGGACUUUAUGGAGGCUGUUCAAGAAAAAUAGAAGGAAGCAAUACUUAAGGAUUUCUCUGUUUGCAUUAGUCCUGUGCCAUGUUACAUUUUGGAGAUUGUUUGGAACAAGUGAGGGAGGGCUCUGUCAUCUUGAUCUAGGAGGAUACCUGAGUCCCUUGACUACACAGAUGAUAUUUGGAAGGUGGUGAAGUCAAAAUCUUCCAAAAUAAAUUCACUAAAUUCUGGAUUCCCUUUCCUUUUAGAACUUUAGCAGACAGAAAUUCCUGCCAAAAAGGCACAAAUCCUUCUCCAUUUUUUUUUCAGGCUAAAUGUGAAAAAUAAUGUCUUGGAAGAGAAAUUAUUUUUCAGGGGGUCGUGGUAGUGUACAAGGGAUGUUUGCACCUCGAAGCUCAACCUCCAUAGCCCCCAGCAAAGGUCUCAGCAAUGAGCCAGGGCAAAACAGCUGCUUCCUCAACAGUGCCCUGCAGGUUUUGUGGCACUUGGAUAUCUUCCGACGUAGCUUUAGGCAGCUUACAACUCACAAGUGCAUGGGAGAUUCCUGCAUCUUUUGCGCUCUCAAGGGAAUCUUUAACCAGUUUCAGUGUAGUAGUGAAAAAGUGCUUCCAUCUGACACUCUCCGCAGUGCUCUGGCAAAGACUUUCCAGGAUGAACAACGUUUCCAGCUGGGAAUUAUGGAUGAUGCUGCAGAGUGCUUUGAAAACCUCCUGAUGAGAAUUCACUUCCACAUUGCUGAUGAAACCAAAGAGGAUAUAUGUACUGCCCAACACUGCAUUUCCCAUCAGAAAUUUGCAAUGACAUUGUUUGAGCAGUGUGUAUGUACUAGCUGUGGUGCCACUUCUGAUCCGCUGCCUUUCAUCCAGAUGGUACAUUAUAUCUCCACCACUUCCCUUUGCAAUCAGGCUAUUUGUAUGCUGGAAAGACGAGAGAAACCUUCACCAAGCAUGUUUGGUGAGCUGCUGCAGAAUGCCAGCACCAUGGGGGAUCUGCGGAACUGUCCAAGCAACUGUGGAGAGAGGAUCAGGAUUCGCCGUGUGUUGAUGAAUGCUCCACAGAUUAUCACGAUUGGGCUGGUAUGGGACUCAGACCACUCAGACUUAGCAGAAGAUGUUAUCCACAGCCUGGGAACCUGCCUUAAGCUGGGUGAUCUGUUUUUCAGAGUGACGGAUGACCGGGCCAAGCAAUCUGAACUGUACUUAGUUGGAAUGAUCUGUUACUAUGGCAAACAUUAUUCUACAUUCUUUUUUCAAACAAAGAUUCGCAAAUGGAUGUAUUUUGAUGAUGCUCAUGUCAAGGAGAUUGGGCCCAAAUGGAAGGAUGUGGUGACCAAAUGCAUCAAGGGGCAUUAUCAGCCCCUGCUGCUGCUUUAUGCAGAUCCCCAGGGUACCCCAGUGUCCACCCAGGACCUGCCUCCCCAGGCUGAGUUCCAGUCAUACAGCAGGACAUGCUACGACAGUGAAGAUUCAGGGAGGGAGCCCUCCAUCUCAAGUGACACUCGAACAGAUUCCUCAACGGAGAGCUAUCCCUACAAACAUUCCCACCAUGAGUCUGUGGUCAGUCACUUCUCUUCUGAUUCUCAGGGGACAGUCAUCUAUAAUGUGGAAAAUGAUUCCAUGUCUCAGAGCAGUCGGGACACAGGACACCUGACUGAUAGUGAAUGUAAUCAGAAACACACAUCCAAGAAAGGGUCACUGAUAGAGCGCAAGAGGAGCUCUGGUCGGGUUAGGAGAAAAGGCGAUGAGCCCCAGGCCUCGGGAUACCACAGUGAAGGAGAAACACUGAAAGAGAAGCAGGCUCCUAGAAAUGCCUCCAAACCAUCCAGCAGCACCAACAGGCUGAGAGAUUUUAAAGAGACAGUCAGCAAUAUGAUCCAUAACAGACCAUCCCUGGCUUCUCAGACCAAUGUAGGCUCUCACUGCGGGGGCAGAGGAGGAGACCAGCCUGACAAAAAACCUCCUAGGACCCUGCCUUUACACUCUCAUGACUGGGAAAUAGAGAGUACCAGCAGUGAGUCAAAAUCCAGUUCUUCCAGCAAGUAUCGUCCCACAUGGAGACCCAAACGAGAAUCUCUGAAUAUUGACAGUAUCUUUAGUAAGGACAAAAGGAAGCACUGUGGCUAUACCCAGCUUAGCCCCUUUUCUGAGGAUUCAGCUAAAGAAUUUAUACCAGAUGAACCAAGCAAGCCACCUUCUUACGACAUUAGAUUUGGUGGACCAAGCCCCCAGUACAAGCGCUGGGGCCCAGCACGGCCAGGCUCUCACCUUUUAGAGCAGCACCCCCGACUAAUCCAGCGAAUGGAAUCUGGCUAUGAAAGCAGUGAGAGGAACAGCAGCAGCCCUGUCAGCCUGGAUGCAGCCCUGCCUGAGAGCUCAAAUGUCUACAGGGAUCCAAGUGCUAAGAGAUCAGCUGGGUUGGUUCCUUCCUGGCGUCAUAUCCCAAAGUCGCACAGCAGUAGCAUCCUGGAGGUAGACUCCACAGCAUCCAUGGGUGGCUGGACAAAGAGUCAGCCUUUCUCAGGUGAGGAGAUAUCUUCUAAAAGUGAACUGGAUGAAUUGCAGGAAGAGGUGGCCAGGAGGGCGCAGGAACAGGAACUUCGAAGAAAACGGGAGAAGGAGUUAGAGGCAGCGAAAGGGUUUAACCCUCAUCCUAGCCGCUUCAUGGACUUGGAUGAACUGCAGAAUCAGGGGAGGAGUGACGGCUUUGAGAGGUCCCUGCAAGAGGCAGAGUCAGUGUUUGAAGAGUCACUGCAUCUGGAACAGAAAGGAGACUGUGCUGCAGCUUUGGCUCUCUGUAAUGAAGCUAUCUCUAAACUAAGACUUGCCCUGCAUGGUGCCAGCUGUAGCACGCACAGCAGAGCCCUAGUCGAUAAGAAGUUGCAAAUCAGUAUUCGAAAAGCACGGAGCCUGCAGGAUCGCAUGCAGCAGCAGCAAUCACCACAGCAGCCGUCGCAGCCCUCAGCCUGCCUCCCAACACAGGCGGGGACUCUCUCUCAGCCAACAAGUGAACAGCCUAUCCCGCUCCAAGUAUUGUUAAGCCAAGAGGCCCAACUGGAAUCCGUCAUGGAUACAGAGUUUGGGGCCAGUUCUUUCUUCCAUUCACCUGCUUCCUGCCAUGAGUCACACUCAUCACUAUCUCCAGAGUCAUCUGCCCCACAGCACAGCUCCCCCAGUAGAUCUGCCUUGAAGCUUCUGACUUCGGUUGAAGUAGACAACAUUGAACCCUCUGCAUUCCACAGGCAAGGUUUACCUAAAGCACCAGGGUGGACUGAGAAGAAUUCUCAUCAUAGUUGGGAGCCAUUGGAUGCCCCAGAGGGUAAGCUGCAAGGCUCUAGGUGUGACAACAGCAGUUGCAGCAAGCUACCUCCACAAGAAGGAAGAGGCAUUGCUCAAGAACAGCUGUUCCAAGAAAAGAAGGAUCCUGCUAACCCCUCCCCGGUGAUGCCUGGAAUAGCCACCUCUGAGAGGGGAGAUGAACACAGCCUAGGCUGUAGUCCUUCAAAUUCAUCAGCUCAGCCCAGCCUUCCCCUGUAUAGAACCUGCCACCCCAUAAUGCCUGUUGCUUCUUCAUUUGUGCUUCACUGUCCUGAUCCUGUGCAGAAAACUAACCAAUGCCUCCAAGGCCAAAGCCUCAAAACUUCAUUGACUUUAAAAGUGGACAGAGGCAGUGAGGAGACCUAUAGGCCAGAGUUUCCCAGCACGAAGGGGCUUGUCCGUUCUCUGGCUGAGCAGUUCCAGAGGAUGCAGGGUGUCUCCAUGAGGGAUAGUACAGGUUUCAAGGAUAGAAGUUUGUCAGGUAGUCUAAGGAAGAACUCUUCCCCUUCUGAUUCUAAGCCUCCUUUCUCACAGGGUCAAGAGAAAGGCCACUGGCCAUGGGCAAAGCAACAAUCCUCUCUGGAGGGUGGGGAUAGACCACUUUCCUGGGAAGAGUCCACUGAACAUUCUUCUCUUGCCUUAAACUCUGGGCUGCCUAAUGGUGAAACUUCUAGCAGAGGACAGACCAGGUUGGCAGAGCCAGACAUAUACCAAGAGAAGCUGUCCCAAGUGAGAGAUGUUAGGUCUAAGGAUCUGGGCAGCAGUACUGACUUGGGGACUUCCUUGCCUUUGGAUUCCUGGGUGAAUAUCACAAGGUUCUGUGAUUCUCAGCUUAAACAUGGGGCACCUAGGCCAGCAAUGAAGUCCUCCCCUCAUGAUUCCCAUACGUGUGUAACCUAUCCAGAGAGAAAUCACAUCCUUUUGCAUCCACAUUGGAACCAAGACACAGAGCAGGAGACCUCAGAAUUGGAGUCUCUGUAUCAGGCCAGUCUUCAGGCUUCUCAAGCUGGCUGUUCUGGAUGGGGGCAGCAGGAUACCGCCUGGCACCCACUUAGCCAAACAGGCUCUGCAGAUGGCAUGGGGAGGAGGUUGCACUCAGCCCAUGAUCCUGGUCUCUCAAAGACUUCAACAGCAGAAAUGGAGCAUGGUCUCCAUGAAGCCAGAACAGUGCGUACUUCUCAGGCUACACCUUGCCGAGGCCUCAGCAGGGAAUGUGGGGAGGAUGAGCAGUACAGUGCAGAGAACUUACGUCGCAUCUCACGCAGUCUCAGUGGCACCGUUGUCUCAGAGAGGGAGGAAGCUCCGGUUUCUUCCCACAGUUUUGAUUCAUCAAACGUGAGGAAGCCUUUGGAAACCGGGCACCGUUGUUCCAGCUCCUCUUCCCUCCCUGUCAUCCAUGACCCUUCUGUGUUUCUCCUCGGUCCCCAACUCUACCUUCCCCAACCACAGUUCCUGUCCCCAGACGUCCUGAUGCCCACCGUGGCAGGGGAGCCCCAUAGACUCCCAGGAACUUCAAGGAGUGUCCAGCAGUUUCUGGCUAUGUGUGACAGGGGUGAAACUUCCCAAGGGGCCAAGUACACAGGAAGGACUUUGAACUACCAGAGCCUCCCCCAUCGCUCCAGAACAGACAACUCCUGGGCACCCUGGUCAGAGACCAACCAGCAUAUUGGGACCAGAUUCCUGACUACUCCAGGGUGCAAUCCUCAGCUAACCUACACUGCCACACUACCAGAAAGAAGCAAGGGCCUUCAGGUUCCUCACGCUCAGUCCUGGAGUGAUCUUUUCCAUUCACCCUCCCACCAUCCCAUUGUUCAUCCUGUGUACCCACCAUCUAGCAGUCUUCAUGUACCCCUGAGGUCAGCUUGGAAUUCAGAUCCUGUUCCAGGGUCCCGAACCCCUGGUCCUCGAAGAGUAGAUAUGCCCCCAGAUGACGACUGGAGGCAAAGCAGUUAUGCCUCCCACUCUGGACACAGGAGAACAGUGGGAGAGGGGUUUCUGUUUGUUCUAUCAGAUGCUCCCAGAAGAGAGCAGAUCAGGGCUAGAGUCCUGCAGCACAGUCAAUGGUAAAGGUUAUUCCUUUCCUUUCCUGGAGCUACACCUUUCUUUGUAAAACUGUACUGUGGGCCGGGCGCGGUGGCUCACACCUGUAAUCCCAGCACUUUGGGAGGCUGAGGUGGGCGGAUCACAAGGUCAGGAGAUUGAGACCAUCCUGGCCAACAUGGUGAAACCCCGUCUCUACCAAAAUACAAAAAAUUAGCCAGGCGUGACGGUGCGUGCCUGUAGUCCCAACUACUCGGAAGGCUGAGGCAGGAGAAUUGCUUGAACCUGGGAGGCGGAGGUUGCAGUGAGCCGAGAUCGCACCACUGCACUCCAGCUUGGCAACAGAGUGAGACUCCAUCUCAAAAAACAAAACAAAACAACAACAAAGAAAACUACUGUGGCAGCGUUGGUACCCUGCAUCACUGCCAUGGUUGUGCUAUUCUCAUCUCAACAUAGAAUUGGUGGGUUCUCCUAAGGGUGUCAGGAACCUCUAAAAAGAUGUGAUUCUUUGGGAGGGGAUAUUUGAAAUUCCAACUUCCAUUCCCCCUAGCAAAAGGAAGCAGCUGCUGUUUAAGGGUUUUAUCUGAGCCACUUUAAAGAUGAAUCCAUGGUAUUACUCUGGAUACUAGCCAUUCCUUAGGAUUUUAAGGUCACAUUUUAUUCCUGGAUGCUUUAUGUCCCCACCUCCACCUGAGCCCUCAUCCUCUGUUCCCUACUAUACUCCCAACUUCUACUCUUUGUUUUAUCCACCUAUCCGUAUUACCUGACCCUUUGUCUUCCCUGUCUCCCAUCCUUGGGGGGACAUGUAGCCCUGUGGUCAUGGUUCUGAUGACAUCAUCAGGGCAGCCCCCCUGCCCAGGUAUUAUGGCCUGUCAGCAUUCCCUGUGCCCUCCAAACCUUAGGCCUAGAACGCGGAGCUGCCAACACAACAUUCACCCUUUUGAACAGAUGGAGUCAGGCACACUAACACAACCUUCUGUCCUCAAUAACACAGCCAUUAUUGCCACUUGCUCAGUCGUCACUGUAAACCCUCAGAGUCAGCUGAACUAUUUUAGGCCAAACAUACUGUUUUUGUAAAGUAUUUUUCAUUAAUAAAUCUAUAAGAUAGUUCUAUUUAA